CAGCGCGGACCAAUAUGAUCGUUUUCUUCCAUCUUACUUUACCAAUCCCGUUGUGCCACACAAACACAUGCUUCUUGUUCAGUUUGAUGCAGAAGGUGUACGUUAUUUUUCUUGCUUUAAACAAAUUGGAACGUACGUGUACCUAUGUCUAAUGGUUUAAGGACAGUAGUUCUUUUGUCGUCAGACUAAUAUUUUUAAAAAAAGACGAAAAAAUGAAACCAAGUGGAAUAAAUAUGUCCAUUAUUUGGUUAUUAUUGAUUACUAUUGUAACUUUUAUUGACCAUAGCAAUGGCAUUGCUGUUAUGAGUAUUGAUAUAGGUAGUGAAUCAAUGAAAGUUGCUAUUGUUUCGCCUGGUGUUCCUAUGGAAAUAGCUUUGAAUAAAGAAUCAAAAAGAAAAACACCAGUUACAAUUGCAUUUAGAAAUGGAGAAAGAAGUUUUGGAGAAGAUGCUCAAGUAGUGGGAAUUAGAUCACCUCAAAAUAGUUUUUCUUAUAUUCUAGAUCUUUUAGGAAAAUAUAUAGAUAAUCCUAUAGUAGAACUUUAUAAAAAAAGAUUUCCAUAUUAUGAUAUUAUAUCUGAUGAAGAACGUAAAACAAUUACAUUUAGGUUAGAUGAGAAUAUCACAUAUACUCCAGAAGAAUUACUUGCACAAAUUUUGCAUAAAGGAAAAGAAUUUGCAGAAAAUUCAGCUGGUCAAAAGAUAAGCGAAGCAGUAAUAACUGUUCCAGGAUUUUUCAAUCAAAUUGAAAGGACAGCUCUUAUGCAAGCUGCAGAUCUUGCAGGAAUUAAAGUUUUACAACUUAUUAAUGAUUAUACUGCAGUUGCAUUAAAUUAUGGAAUUUUUCGCAGUAAAGAAAUAAAUGACACUGCACAUUAUGUAAUGUUCUAUGAUAUGGGAGCUAGCAGUACAACUGCAACAAUUGUCAGUUAUCAAAAUAUAAAAACAAAGGAAAAGGGAUUUAUUGAAACUAAUCCACAUGUUACCAUUUUGGGUGUGGGUUAUGAUCGUACUUUGGGAGGAUUAGAAGUGCAAAUUAGAUUGCAACAUUAUUUAGCAAAAGAAUUUGAUGCUUUGAAUAAAACAAAAAAUUCUGUAUUUAGCAAUGUAAGGGCAAUGGCAAAACUUUUUAAAGAAGCUGGUCGUGUUAAGAAUGUAUUAAGUGCAAAUACAGAUCAUUUUGCCCAAAUUGAAGGAUUAAUAGAUGAAGUUGACUUUAGAUUACAAGUUACCAGAGAAAAACUAGAACAACUUUGUACUGAUUUAUUUGAGCGAGUAGCAAAUCCUAUUAAAAUUGCUUUAAAAACAUCAGGUUUAACAAUGGAUGCUAUAUCUCAAGUUGUAUUAGUGGGAGCUGCUACUAGAAUGCCAAAGAUACAAGAACAUCUAAGUCAAUAUUUAACAGUUGAAUUGUCUAAAAACAUUAAUACAGAUGAAGCAGCUGUAUUAGGAGCAGUGUAUAAAGCUGCAGAUCUUAGUAAAGGAUUUAAAGUAAAAAAAUUUGUUACUAAAGAUGCUGUAUUGUUUCCCAUUCAUAUUGUUUUUGAUAGAACAGUUAAUAAUAGAAUAAAACAAGUAAAAAAAUCAUUAUUUAAUAAAAUGAAUCCUUACCCACAGAAGAAAAUUAUUACAUUUAAUAAAUAUACAGAAAAUUUUCAAUUUCAUAUUAAUUAUGCUGAAUUAGACUAUUUACCAUUUAAUGAAAUAGCUGCUAUCGGUAAUUUCAAUCUAUCUACAAUAACUUUAUCUGGUAUUACUGAAGCUUUAGAUAAACAUCUUAAAGAUGGAGCAGAAAAUAAAGGCAUUAAAGCACACUUUGCUAUGGAUGAGAGUGGCAUAUUGAAUUUGGUGAAUGUAGAAUUAGUAUCGGAAAAAUCAAGUUUAGCUCCUGAUGAAGAAGAGAGAUUAGAAGACAAAGAAGGAAAAUCAGAAGAACCAUUAAAAGAAGAUAUAAAACCAGUUCACGAAGAAUCUGAAUAUUCUGAAUUACAAAAGGAGACAGAAGAUAAAAUGAAAAAGAAAAAUGAUAGUAUGAUUACAGAGGAUAAUAAAAUAGUAAAUAAAACUGAAAAAAUAGAAAAAGAAAAAGAAAAAAAGGCUACAAUUGUAACAAUUAAAGAACCUAUUAAAGCUGAUGAAAUCAAAUUAGGAUCACAAAUUCUUUCUGGAGAUAAACUUGUUGAAUCUCUAGCAAAAUUGCAUCGUUUGGAUGUAUAUGAUUUCGAAAAAACAAAACGUGAAACAGCUUUGAAUAAUUUAGAAACAUUUAUAAUUGAUGCUCAACAAAAAUUAGAAUCCGAAGAAUAUGCUGUUGUUGCUACAUCUCAAGAAGCAGAAAGCAUUUUAAAAGCAUGUUCUGAAAUUUCUGAAUGGCUAUAUGAAGAUGGAUUCAGUGUAACUGCUGAAAUAUAUGAAGAAAAAUUAUCAUAUCUUCAGAAACUUACUAAUGAUGUGUAUGAACGUGUUUAUGAACACAGAGAGCGCCCAGAAGCAUUAAAAGGCAUGACAUCUAUGUUAAAUGCAAGCACAACGUUUUUAAAUAAUAUGCGUAAUUUAAGUUUAUCUAGCGAAAUUUUUACUCAAAUUGAAAUAGAAACAUUAGAAAAAGUAAUUAAUGAAACCCAGGAAUACUAUGAUACAAUUGUUAAAUCUUUUACUGAGACAGCUUUAUAUGAACCUGUGAAAUAUAAAGUUCGUGAUAUUGUAAAUAAAAUGGCAUUACUUGAUAGGGAAGUGAAUUAUCUUAUUAAUAAAGCAAAAAUAUGGAGACCAAAACAAGAAUCUACUACAAAUCAUACAGAGAAUAUAAAUGAAACUACAACAAAUUCAAAGGAAGAGCCAGAAUCAGAUUCUAAGCCUGAAUCUGAGACGGAAAACCUUCAAAAUGAAAAUCCUAAAAGUGCAGAAGUACAAAAUGAAAAAUCAUUAGAUUCAGAAAAAUCAACGGAAUCAAUGGACUCAUCAAAAAAUAAUGAACCUAAGAUUGUUCAUAAAAGUACUCAAGAAGAAAUACAUCAAGAACUUUAAAAAAAGAUUUAUCUAAAAGUGUGUGAUUUUUAUUAUUGAGUAGUAUCUCGGUUAUUUAUAUAAUAGUUAAAGAAUUUGUUAUGUUAUAGGACAGAUUUAUGAAUGCAUUUAGAAAUCUAAAUGAAAUUUAAAAAAUUGUGUCAUUUUGGCUGGAUGAAUUAUUUUGCAAAUCUGAAUAUUAUGUUAUUUUAUUCAAUUUUUAUAUAUUUGUAUAAAAUUAAUAAGAAAUAUUUAAUUCAUUUUUCAUACAAAAAAAUAAGAGUAUUAUUUCGUGACGUUUUGCAUAACAAAAAAAAAAAAANAAAAAAACCGACCAUUAUAUAAAAAAAAUCAUUUUUUAAGUGCCAAGUAGUAAAUUUGAACAAUAAUAGUUUUAAACAAUUAUUAUUAAAUACUUUUAUUAAAUGAAUAAAUUAUCAGAAUGAAGUCAUUAUUUAACAAAUUAUAUAUAUAUAUAAUAUUAUUUGGUCGGAUUUAUCUACUAUGAAUAUAAUGUUUAAUUGUGAUACUUUUCAUAUUUUAUUCUUAGAUAUGCUCUAUGCUAUAACUUAAAACUGAUUUUCUAUAUUUACAUCAAGCAUUAUAAUUACACUUACAUACAUAUGGAACAAUUUUUC